AUGGGGAUGAUACGAGUUGGGAGUCCAGCAAUAUCUGGAGCUGGUCAUUCUUGUUCUGAAGAUACUUCAGUACCUCAUGCCACAUUUCCAGCUAGUUCAAGUGCAAAACCUAGUAGUGCCAAUGUUUACUCCCUUGAACCAGGUACAAUGUGGAAGUUGCGUCUUAAGCAGCAGCCUGUUCUCAGAACAGCGGGAUACAGAAAACUACAAGCUAGGAGCAUAUAUGGCUGUUAUCAACUGCAUGACAAACUACCUUUUAGUUUGGAGAAAACCAAGCAGAGGGGGACACCAGUGGCAUAUGAAAUUAUGCAUUGUGUGAAGGCGGCAGACAGAUGA